GCGAUUAACGCAAGCUAGCAGAGAAGUAGAUUCAAUGGCGAGUAUCCAUAAAGGCGUCCCUAGUAGAUCCUAGUCGAUCUCUCACUUGCUUUCUCCAAAUAGAGGAACAGUGAGACACGCAAACUCCAUAGCUCCAUAGCUUCAUAGAUUGCAUUAAGAGAGAAACAAGUAGAAAUGCCAAGGAGAUCAGGGGCUUGCUUGAGAUGUUGUUUGGUCAUAUUUGCAGUGGUUUCAGCUUUGGCCGUUUGCGGCCCUGCUCUUUAUUGGAGAUUUAAGAAAACUAUUCGACUCUCUGGUUCCAAAAUUUCUUGUCCUCCUUGCAUCUGUGAUUGCCCUCCUCCUUUGUCCCUUCUCAAGAUUGCUCCUGGGUUGGCCAAUCUUUCAGUCACAGAUUGUGGAAGCGAUGACCCUGAUCUCAAAACAGAGAUGGAGAAGCAAUUCGUCGACCUUCUAACAGAGGAGUUGAAAUUGCAAGAGGCUGUAACUGAAGAACAUGCUCACCACAUGAACAUCAGUUUUGCAGAAGCAAAGCGGGUGGCUUCCCAAUACCAAAGAGAAGCAGAAAAAUGUAAUGCAGCCACCGAAACGUGUGAAGAAGCUAGGGAGCAAGCUGAGGCAUCGCUGAUCCAGGAGAGGAAAGUUACUUCCUUGUGGGAGCAACGUGCUCGCCAACUCGGUUGGGAAGGAGAGUAGAAUAAUUGUUAUACUAAGAAGUGCAUAUAUCUCUCUUUCAGUUGAAGCAGGCAGUUACACCAAAGUAUUUAUGUAGGAAGGAAAGCAGAUUGUUUGUGUUUUCUUGCUAAAGGCAAAAUACUCUCUCAAAUUGGUUGUGUUGUGAAGGCAAGUAAAUGAUACAUGUAUUCAUAAUUUUGUUUUAUAUUUUAACCCUUAACUUUAGUC